UUUGACGUUUCCAAAACGUAAACAAACACACACACGGCGCAAAUUGUCAAACCCCAGCGCGUGUUGUGCUAUUUGCGAUUUACAGCAACAUCUAUUGUACAACAGGCGGGCCCGAAAAUGUUACGUACAUUCGCGCUUACGGCAAGAAUAUUUGCGAAAACCUCGUUUCCCGCCUCGCUCGGUGGACACCACCUGCAGCAACCGGCCUGCGGUGCCGCAUUAUGGAAACAGUACACGAAUCUUCCCCACAGCAAAGAGCUACCGGAGCAGAAAGCCGAUGGUAGCGAAACGGCCAAACCCAAUAGCAACACCACACCCGGGUUCGAUGCGGAGAAGCGUAGAAAAGUGCUCGAGCUAGAGAUAGAGGUGAUGCGGCAGGAGGGUAGAAAGGUGCCCUCCGUCUCCACCAUCAAGCCGGACCAGUGGGAACAUCUGUUAGGUUUAUCGUCCCGAAACCAGCGCCGUCAGUACUACCUUUACCUGUGGAACAUUGAAAUGGUUCGAUUGGGACAGAAGCUGAAAAAGGAGCGCAAGCAGGAAGAGAUCGCCAAGCGGCGGGAAGAGCUAAUGAAGGCGACGGCGGCAAACGAUCACAUCGUGUACGGGCUGUUUCACAACACAAUGUUCCUGCGGAUAUACGACUCGAAGAUGGAUCACUUUCACAACAACCGGCUCGUUCAAGCGAUGCAGUUCGGGUGCAAUCUGGUGAUCGAUUGCUCGUACGAUGAUUACAUGAACGAUAAGGAGAUGCGCAACACGGCGAAGCAGCUGAUGCUGUGCUUCGCGCUCAACCGGUCCCACGAGGAACCGUUCAACAUUCACCACUGCAAUGCAAACUAUGGCAAGACGACGAUGAAACAGCUCGAAAAGCAUCUGGUGCAGAUCCACCAGCCCGAGUUCCCGUUCAACGUUACCGAUCGGAGCUAUACGGAGCUUUUCCCCAAAGAGCGGCUGGUCUACCUGACGCCGCACUGCAAGAACGAUCUGACAGAGUUUAACCCAGACGAUGUGUACAUAAUCGGCGCGAUGGUGGACAAAUCCUCCCAGGAGGCCGUUUCGCUCGGCAAGGCCAAGAAGCUUGGUCUGCGGAUGGCACGGCUCCCGCUGGAUCGGUACUUUCAGUUUAAGAGCGGCAAAUCGCUCACCCUCGAUCAGAUGGUAGCGAUCAUGCUGGAGCUGAAAACGAGCAACAACUUCGAGAAAGCGUUCCAACACGUACCCCGCCGCAAGAUAACGACGGUGGAUGAGGCGGCAGCCAAAGAGCAGGAGAUGCGAGAGGUGGCGAAAUUCAAAUUUAACUUCAACAACAAACGGACGGGCGAUAAGCGAAACAAUAGUAAACAAAGUUCCCAGCCCAAGUUAGGGAAAGGUAGGUAUUAAAUGAGAGACGCGAGUGAGAGGAAGCCAUUGUGUGGCAGUUCUAUAUUGUAAGAUUAAAAGAUAGUCCAACCCGUCGUUGUACGGUAGACGGGUACAGUCUCCCCAGUCACAAGCGAAGAUAGAUGAUGGUCGUUGCCUUUUGGUGUGCUUAAUUGCGACGCCUUCGGGUUCUGCUGAUACGCCACGCGUUCGGUUCCUCGUACUUGUUGUACAGCGGUUCCAGCCGUUGGUUCUUCUUGAACUUGCUGAGCUUCGUGGGGUCCGAGAAGCGGAAGAAGGCCGGUGCAAACUCUACCAACCAUUUCGGAUCGAUCGUGGUCACCUCGCGCAUGUACUCCUUCGUCGUCUGGACGAGCUCGUGAUAGACAACCCUAGAAAGUGGAGAGCAAGUGGAGAAAAAUAGAAAUUAAAAUGAUUAGUAAAAAUGAA